AUGGCUUCGGAAGGAGAAGACAUGCGCGACGCUGGACGUGAGAGUCGCGAACGCGGUGACGCGUCGAGGAAGUCACGUCGGUCGAAGGGGUUGCCGCCUGAGGAGCACGCGAGCCUGGACGAGCGCAAGGUAGCCCGGGAGGAGAAGGAGUCGGUGAGUCCGGCCGAGCAAGAUGUCGAAGACGCGCACCAAGUGUCGACUGACGGCGAGCCUGGCGUAGACGCGACGGCGACUCCGGACGGAGCGUCUGUGGGAGGCGCCGAUGUAGAUGAGCCCCAGACGGAGGGUCGAGUUUCGGACUCCUCACCGCCCGGCCAAGAUGGGGGCCAGCAGCCGGAUGCUCGCGCGUCCGCCCGAGAGGAGUCGCUGCCGUCGGUCCCGGAGGAGAAGUCUGGCCAAGACGCGGAUGCGUUGCCGCCACCCGAGGAGAAGGCCUGCAGAAACACUCCGCCCAAGUCGUCGGUGGAGAAGUCGCUGGGUCAAGACGCGGCCAAGGCAUACGUCUCGGCACAAGUUUCCCUGUGGGAGCAGGUUCGGUCUGAACACGUGCUCCCGCCGUGCGUGGAGUAUACCUGGCCAGAUGACCGGCCGGACUCGUUGCCGUGGCUGAACGCUACCCUGGCCACGUCCAAGUACCUGGCAGCCCGCGCGACUCUGGGCAACGAUGUUCAGCCGUGUGUGCUGGAACUCCGCCUGGACCGACGCGACCUGGCCACCGCCCAAGAUGUCGUUGCCGUCGAGAUCUCGGUCGCCGCCUUCACGUCGAGAGAGUGUACGCAUGCGUCCAAGAUCGCGCCGGACCUCGUUCGGAGUCUGGCCGGAGACAUCCAACAUCUCCUGACCGUGGAGCUGAUCGAGUGGCGAACGUUGUACGUCGGGGCGUCGUUCAAGGUGAUCCCAGUUUUGGAAACCAAAGCAAAGUCUGGGCAGACACCUGCCCUGGACUAUCAUGCGGAGGAUCAAGACGGAGAUUUAUUGAUGGACGAUUACGAGAUCAACCAGCUCGGCCGGAACUACGUUCUGCGCCUGCGCGGGGCGGGCAUUCGUUCCGCCAGGAGUUCAAGCGGGUCCUCGGCCGGAGAACCCACGACCAAGCGUCGUCAACACCGGCCACCCCGCGCAGAGCCAUCUCUGCCGGACACUCCGCUCGCCUCGCUCCCGUCCGAGCUGCCACCGUCUUCGACGUCCGCCCAGGAAGAUUCGCCCGAGGUGCCGGCUUCGGACCCUGUCCCGAGCUUGGUCGGCACCACGGAUGAGUCCGCCGGGGGUGCGACGGCCGGGUCGUACGUGUCGAAGAACAGGUCGUCGGCGUCUUCGUCGUCGACGCUGGACUCGGGCGCAGGGGCGCACAUGCCGCUCUCCGGUCCGCUGGCGUUGUCCGCCCGGGCCGCCGGAACCGCUGUGUCAGGUGGGGAGCUUGGCUUCUACCUGACGCGGCAGGUGAUCCCGGAGCGCAAGGUGGUGCCCGACCAGGACGACGUCGACAUGGCGGAUGCUGAAGUGGCAGCCAACGUGAGGUCUGCACGGACAUCUUCGUCCAGGAAUGCGAGGAAGCACCGCGACUCCGGCCGGAGUUCUUCGUCCAGCGAGUCUGACUCGGACAGUGACUGGGGUCGUCGCAGCAGCCGCCACCGACGCUCGUCUAAGCGGUCUUCGCGGAGGCGCUCCCCAUCGCGUCGCUCAAGCCGCUCGGGGCACUCGGGGAAGUCCGGCCGGGCUGGGUCGUCGAUCUCGUCCGGCGCCGCUGAGGCUGCCGUGAGCGCCCUGCACCAGGUGCAGAUGCUCGGCAACAACUUGGAGUCGAUGCGCGAAGAGCUGGCGGCGAAGGAGAAGGCCGCCCAGGAUGUUGAGGUCCGGCGUGCUCUGACCGAGGCAGAGCGGCGUAUCCGCGAAGCCGAGGAGCGCGCUCGCGAGACCGAGAGGCGUUUCCAAGCUCCCACCCAGGAAGCCCCAGGCAUGUCGCCCACGGAGGUUGCGGCCGCCAUCCAGGCAGCCAGCCUCCAGGCCGUGAGUGCCGAGCGUGAGCGCGUGGUGGCCGCCGCUAUGCAGUGGGUGCAGCAGCAGCAGACCGAAGCCGACGCCAAGCGCGAGGUCGAGCGUGCCGCCUGGGCCGCGCAGGCCCAGCGCAACCUGGAAGAGGGCCAAGCGGCGAUGAAGCAGGAGCUCAAGAACAUGCGUGCGACGUCCAAGAACAUGCAAGUGUUCCAGAACGAGCAGAUACGCAACCUUCUUGCGACCGUCGCCGGAGUGGUGCUUCCGGUCAAGUCCCAGGCGGCGCUAUUCACUCCGCCCGAGAUGUAA